AUUAAACUGAGCUUGAGGAGCAGCCUUUCUUCAAAUUGAAGCAGAGUCGCUUCAUGGAAAAUCAGAGUAUUAUUAAGUACCUGUACUCAUCCUCUGUAACUGCGUUGCAAUCUUGACAGUGCUGCUGCAAUGGCAAUGGCUUCCUUUUCCUUUUCUUUUCCUCUCACCUGCGCUUUAAAUCCUUGCUUUAUUAGAGCCGGACCUCCAUUUCCGGCCUUAAUCUAAGACACGGUCAAAGUUUUCGCUUUUGCUUUUUGCAAAGAAAAUUCGGCUCUGCCCUUUAGCUCUUUUACUACUUCCUCUGUUUUCCUCUGCCAAUCACCAAAGCUUCCACCAUUGGAACCUCUCACCCUCUUAUGAGUUCAAUAUAGCUCUCUUUUUGAGUGUGAGCGUGUGUUCUUUUUUUCUUAUGGAAACGAUCAAACCCAAAUCAUGUGUGAAGAGCAAGACGAGAUUCGCCAGGACAUUUCAGAAGGUAAUCAAUCUCAGGAACGCGAAAAGGAUCGCGUCCAGUAAUGGCAUCUGUGUUCUGGUUUCCCACAACAAGUUCAAAGAAGAUUCCGGUAUUCAUGGAGGAAAAUCCCAAGUCUUCGAGAGAAGUGAAGAAGAUGUCAAAGCUCGAAACAGGGCAGUCAUGGAAGCUCUGGUUGCGAAGCUUUUUGCAAGCGUUACUUCAAUCAAAGCAGCUUACGCCGAGCUUCAAAUGGCACAGAGUCCUUACAACAGCGACGCAAUUCAAGCUGCAGACCAAGCGGUGGUGGACGAAUUAAAGGUCAUUUCAGAGUUGAAACGAAGCUUCUUAAAGAAAGAACUCGAUCUCUCACCCCAGGUGACGUUAAUGCUCUCGGAGAUUCAAGAACAGCAAAGUUUGAUGAAAACCUACGAAAUUACGAUUAAGAAAAUGCAGGCUGAAUCGGAGCAUAAGAAUGUCGACAUUGUCUCGUUGAAGAAAAAACUUGGUGAAUUACUUUCGUUCAACAAGUCGUUGGAGAAGAAGCUGGAUGCAAGUGGCUCUUUAUCCAUGUUUGAUAAUCUUCAAUUUCCGGUUUUGAAUCCGACCCACUUUGCCCAAUUCCUCCAUUAUACCGUAAGAUCCAUCAGAAAUUUCGUGAAAUUGAUGAUCCGCGAAAUGGAAUCAGCAAGCUGGGACCUCAACGCGGCCAUCGAAUGCAUCGUCGGUUCGGACACCGAAUUCCCAGAGCCAACCCAUCGAAGCUUCGCUUUCGAAUCGUUCGUCUGCAAAACAAUGUUCGAAGGUUUUACAACCGACACAAAUUUCAUACUCCAAAACGAUUCCCUACCUCUCGAUGAGCAGCAAAACCACCAAAUGUUCGAUAAAUUCAAGAAGCUCAAACCAGUAAAUCCAAAAAUAUUCAUAUCUCAAAACCCCAACUCCUCAUUCGCUAAAUUCACCCGCUCCAAGUACCUCCAACUCGUCCACGCGAAAAUGGAGUGCUCGCUCUUCGGAAAUCUAAACCAGCGGAAAAUCAUAAACUCCGGCGGCGUUCCCGACACGACGUUCUACGCCGCCUUCGCCGAGAUGUCGAAGCGCGUUUGGCUUCUGCGAUGUUUGGCAUUUUCACUUCACAACGAUGUUACGAUCUUCCAAGUGAGGAAGAAAAGCAGAUUCUCAGAAGUUUACAUGCAAUGCGUUACCGAAGAAAUAUUGUUUUCUCCGGCGGACAUGAAUGAUUCCACCGUAGGAUCCGGGUCGGAGCCCCGAGUUCGGUUUACCGUCGUUCCGGGUUUCAAGAUUGGAGAAACGGUGGUACAGAGUCGGGUUUAUUUAUCGCCGCCAAGACGCUAAAGUCGAUGGCGGGUAGGAACUCGGAACGAAGGAGAUGGACUGUUCGGAAAAUCUCAGCCGUUAGGUUUAAGCUUCCAUGACCGUUAGAUCAGAAUUGAUGCAGCGAACUGUAAACUAUUUUGAAUUUUUUCAAUGAAUUGUAUAAAUAUCUGUAUUGUAAUAUACAGUCAGACAUAUGAUAUUAAUAUAUA